GCGCGUGGGAGGCCGUGAUAAGCGCGGGAAGGAGGGUCGUCACGUGGUCAGCUGGCGGCAGAUAAAGGGUCCACGCGCGCCGCCUUUAUAUCCCCGCGGGGGAGAGGCGCGGGCGCCAGAGGAACCAAGAUGACGGCGACGACGACGCUGCUGGCGAGCGCGACGCUUCUGGCCGUGUGGGCCGCCGAGGCCGCCGCGCACGGCAUGCUGUGGUGGCCCGCCAACAGGGGCUCCAUGUGGAGGUUCGGCUACAAGACGCCCGUCAACUACGACGACAACGGUCUCUUCUGCGGCGGCUUCUCGGUCCAGUGGGAGCAGAACGGAGGCCGCUGCGGGGAGUGCGGGGACGACUACUCGCUGCCGAGGCCCCGCCCCAACGAGAACACCGGCCAGUUCGGCACCGGGGUCGUCGUGGCCCGGCUCGCCAGGGGACAGGCGUUCAACGCGUCGGUGCGGCUGACGGCCAACCACCUGGGCUACUUCCAGUUCAAGCUGUGUCCGCUGCGAGGCGCCACGGAGCUGGAGACGCAGGCGUGCUUCGACGCUCACCCGCUGCCCGUGCUCGGCGCCACCGACUACAAGUACCACGUGCCGAGCGCCGACCCGGGCACCUUCAGCGUGGGCUUGCAGCUGCCGCCGCUAGUGGCGUGCGAGCGCUGCGUGCUGCAGUGGACCUACACGACCGGCAACUCGUGGGGCAACUGCAACAACGGCACGUCGCGCCUGGGCUGCGGCUCCCAGGAGACUUUCAGGACCUGCUCCGACAUCUCCGUCCUCUAGGGGGCGUCCUCCCGGGCCGACAGCCUCUGGACCGCCCUCCAGUUAGGCCCCUCGAAGCCCCCGGUGACGAGACGCGUGUGUGCUUGGGCGCUCAAGAGAUCCACACAGACCGACCUACCUUCCGCGUCAAAGCACCCCACCGUGUCACGUGUGACCAGCCGAGUCCGCUGUCGGCGCUAGGAUCGCACAGGACAAGGACAUGGCCUCUCUUAUCAGACGGGGGGGCCGAUAUUGCAAAAGGAAGAAACAAACCGCUGGCGUGUGUGUAUAUACCUCUCCAUUUAUGUCUAAUGUUCACUGUUUUUUUUUUUACGCGAAUUGCUUGCUCUUCCUUACGCGAGUGUGAUUUGCUCCUUGUGACGCACGUGAAAGGAAAAUGAUGGCGUUCACCACAGUGUGUGAAAAAAAUACCGCGAAAUUGGUGGGGCAUCUAUGGACAAAUGGUUGGACUCAACAUACUGGGACUUCCCUUGAUCAUGACGGAGAAAGCAUAUGCAGCUUUUUUUUUAAAAGGAGGAGUAAGAUAUAUUUUUUUUUUGUUGUAAAUCUGAUAUCUACCAAUCAAUAACGAAAUGAACAUAAUUUAUUAUAAAGAAAUAACUGGUUUUUCACCAAUAGUGCUACUUGGCCGUGAUUUAAUGCGCAAUUACAAGAUAAGGAACACAACGUUUCCACACCCUUGCUACGCUGGAGCGUUUGAGACUACUUUGGGAAGAAAACAAUCCGCGUGUGGGACGCUUGCUAGUCCAUCACACACGUGACAGUUCCUUCCCAGAAGCUGCAUUCCGCUGGAAACACACGGCAUGUUACGCCCCGUUGGGCCCAGCUGAACUGUGAUUAAAACGUUCUUAAUUAGGGAGUUUCGUGUUCGACACAACGGGUACCCUAAUUGUAAGGUAACUAAGUGUGUCCGCCGUUCGUGUGUCACGGGCUUCUGCAACCUAAACGAACUAAAGCCCACCGCACACGGUACAAUAUUUUCUACUAGUUUGCUUACUAGAAUGCUUACUGGUUUAUGUACUGUGUAGGCUACAAGCUGAAACACUAAGUGCGCUACAAGUUUCUGCUGCACACGAUUCUAGCUGCUGCCUUACUAGUUUUGUUAAGAGAAUAAUCUCCACAACAAAUUUCUAUUAUGAUAAAUCACAUUUUUUACUGCAUACAAACAAGGCUCUUCUUUGUAUGCAUUUAUUAAAACGAGGAGUUGGUCACUAUUCCACUUCUUUCCGUCCAUGUUUAUCACGACAUGCGUACUUAAAAGUGUAAACAACCCCUCAUGCUGUUUUCGUGAGUUCUGAUUGGCCACUCCUUAAAUAUUGGAACACACCAAGCAACGAAAAUAGAACGCUGUCUUAUUACGCAAAACCAGUAGCCCAGCUCGUACAGCUACUAGUAUCCAGUUUCAAUUUGAGUGAAGAUACUAGUAGUAGAGCCAGUACGACUCCUAGCUUAUAAUAUUGUAAGGAAUAUUGUACCGUGUGAGGCGGGCUUAAGAAGAGGAGCUGAACCAAAUAUCUCCUCAGAAAAGUCAAGUUUUCGUGUGUGGGAUGUAUAAAGGUUGUGAAAUUAAAAAAAUUAUAAUAAUUGGUGUAUGAAUUAGUUGGUAUCACAAGAAAAAAAUGUAUUUUGCUAAUAAAUGUUUUGACAGUCCAACGAUUGUUUUAUUAUCUUACAUACAUGUAGUUAAGCUCAUCACUCUAUAACGACAAAUAGAUAUUUAUCUAUACCUUGGAGACAAGCACAAAUAUUAGUCUCCUCCGUACCUAUAGAUGUUUAUAAAAUAGAAAAUGGAAGUGUUACAAUAGUGCAACAAUUCAAAUAAAGCGACACAAGUG